GAUGGAGAGGCGGCGGGGAGAAGAGAGACGGGAUACUUAAUACUGGGGGGAGCCGAAUUGGCACCUGAAUAGGCGUUAUUGGGAGAACUGCUCGUCUGGACCAGAUGUUUCCUUUGUCAAAUGAUACUAUUUGCUUACUAUGAGGUAGCGAGUCAUAAUUCACACACAUCUUACUCACCAAUGUCCGUCUCCAGAGGUCCUCAUAAAGCAAAGGUUUCCAUGGGAAGGCUCGGUGAGUCUGGUGAGACCCGUGAUGCUUUCCCGCAAACUCUCGGUGGAGGGGAGAGGAAGUAGACACCCAGCAGGGUAGCAGAGGCAAGUCGGGAAACACCAGUUCAGCUGCCAUCCCUCCAGGUUGUGUACCAUGGAAGCCGCGAUGUCUCCCAAGGUGUCUUGCCGUCCCGCGUUGACAGAAAUGCCCUUACCGCCGCACAUUCAAGACCAUCCAUGAAACAAAACUUCCGUCCCGUCAAAGUUCUCUUUUGGGUCAUCUCCGUUGCCUCUAGUCACUGGCCUCUUUAUCCUCUUUCCUCUGGCCUCUUCCUCUUCACAUUUCCUCUUCUCGAUAAUUCGUACAAUCAACGAGAUUCUUCAUCACGACAACUACAACGCAUCACUACAGGCUACUCAAGUCUGACAUUACUCACCGCCAAAAUGUGCAUCAAAACAACUUAUCACUACAAAUGCGGCCACACAAACUCCUUCACGCCGUACUGCGAACGCGCUUUCGACGACUGCCCAUACAGAAUCACUGCAAGAAGAUGCUCAAACCCCACCCUCGCAGAAAAGACAGUCCGCGGCAUCUGCGACGCCAUCGAGUGCAAGUACGAGGAAUGGGACAGGCGUUGGAUCUGCCAUAAGUGUGGCAUGGAUAACGAAAAUUCCAUGACGUGUGAGGGUAACAGCUGUGAACAUGACUUCUGCCAUGGGUGCGAUCCUUGUAAAUAUCUCCAGUUCUUGAGGAAGAAAACGACGAGUUCUAACUGUUUGUGAUAGGGGAAUCUUCUUUGGCGAAUAUACCACACAGAACUCCCGAGGAGAUGAAACAGGCGGAGCUUCGAGCCAUGGGGCUCGAGCCAGAGGAAGGAUCUCAGUCAAGUGUCCAGUCUCAGUCAACCCCCCAGUCUCAAUCAACUAUCCAGUCUGCAAGAACCCAACUUACCGAGCCAACUCAACAAACCGAGCACUCUAAAGGCCAUGGGCAAGCUACACCGCCAAAGUUCCACUGUUCGGGUUGCUGCACAUGUAAACCAGCCCGGGAGGCAUCGAGGCAGCGACAGUCAAAACACCAACCUCCCAGCGUCCCGGUCUAUAAAUCCGGGACGGGAGAUUGGGUCCGACAGCCUCAAGGUAGACCCAGGUUACAAUUGAAGAGGGAAGACACAAGUACCAUGGGAGUCGGUGGGAGAAGCGCAAAGCUAGCGCAAAUGGUCGAAGAGGGAAAUUAGACUAGGCUAGGCAAAGAGGCCACAGCCUUUCUAUUCGCGUCU